CGUCAGUUAUCGCUCGCGAUGGUGCCCAUCGGGACGCACCCCGCGAUUCGCGACGAGGAUCUUCGUCAAUGGGCCGCUGUGGCCUGCCGCCUUCCUCCGCAUCGUCUGGAUGGAGUGCACGGGCGUGCCGGGGGCGCUGGGCGUCCCCGCGAAGAGGGGGCCGAGCCGCGGCGGGUGAAGAGUCGCGGGCGGGGUGGACAUGGUGGUGGUUGGAAGCAAGAGCGAUCCGAAGACGGAUGGGGCGGGUCAAUUGUCUAGGAUGACGCGGGCGGCGCGAUGGCUGUCACGGUUCGGCUCGACGUUCUUGGCCGUCGGGGGUGGGCGAUGGGUGCUGUACGACGCAGCCGCGCACUCUGCGAGCUUUCUGAGGGAAAUAAGGCGGCGAAAGGCAAGGGGGGCGCAGCGGGCGUAAGGCCACCUCUUGGCUGCGAUCUUAUAUCACGCGUACGUCCAGUUCUCAUUCCCCCGCAAUCGCGGCGCCCGUCGGUACGCGUCAGAUCAACCAUCUCAUCGUGCGCUCAGUCGUCUAUCGCGCCCUCCGUCCGCAGCUGGUCGCGCGCAACCAGGAGGCGCAGAAGCUCUUUGCUCUACCGACGCAGCCCUCCGUCUCCACGACAAUCGCAAUUCCGCGUCGAUAUCGACCUGCUUGGCGCCACUCGGCUGGCUUGGCACCUUCGACUCCCGCCCCAUCAGAACUCGAUGCUCAAGCCAAGUCACCUACGUGUCCGCCGCGAAAGACUCGGGGUGAUCUGCGGCUUUGUUGGAGGGUGUGUAGGGUAUGCGGCGUUAGCGAUAAAGGUCCGUUCCGCUGGCCUUGGCGGUAGGUUCACGCCUGACGACGGCUGUACAUGUCGACCUAGCUUUCCGUAUGAGCGUGUUCAUCAGCGAUGUCGGCCUACUUGUCAACUCAGUCAAGGACCUUAUCCGAGCUGGCUACAACGCAAGCAGCACAGAGAAGCGAGCAAGCUAUCUUCGUCCCUAUCCCUCGUCCCCCGGGUACUGCGUUCGAUCUAUGCCUUACAGCGCAUCUCACCAAUCAUUACUGCAACUUCAUCGCGGUCUGUUCAGACGCAGGAUACCUCUACGGACAAUGGACUGGACUGAGGCAAUUGCUCAAGUCGAACUUCCGGCCGAAAUCGAACUGUGACGUCACGCGUUAUAGCAGUCCAAUCGUCGCGUCGUAAUAUGCAAGCUGAGCCCAAAUUGCAUUGGUUC